AUGAGAGCCAGAAAGCCGAGGUGGUACAGUCUUCGUGACAUUUCCACCCCCGCCGCACAGAAAGUCCGCCAGUCAUGGAACAAACAUAACCUCUUCAACCUCAUACGGAAGAAGAUAGAGCCCUGGCGCUACAACAAGACCUUCUUCCAGCAGAAAUGGCUCGCAAAGUCCGCCACGAGAGCCUACCACGGCGCCAACAUCAAGGAGUCCGACUGGGCCCGCAUGUUCUCCCGCCGCCUCUACUCCGCCGUCGACAUGCCCCCCGAGUACCUCGCCAAGUACGACGGUUCCGAGCAGGCCCAGGGCCGCGGCUCCGGCCGCGCCGGCCUCCAGACCGCCGCCCACAACCACUCCCGCUACGAGCUCGAACGCCAGCAGCGCCUUGCCCAGCCGGACAUCGAUCCGAGGCUGCACCCCAGGGCCGGCUUCAUGGACGCGUCGGGCAAGAUGAUGGGCCGUCCCAUCAACGACAUGACGCCCUACAUGCAGAUGGCCUACGCGCCGCUCGAGAGGAGGCUAGACGUCGCCAUCUUCCGUGCCAUGUUUGCUAGCAGUACCCUCCAGGCGAAGCAGUUCUGCACACACGGCGCCGUCAAGGUCAACGGCAAGACUAUGCGCUACGGUGCCUACCUGCUCAACCCGGGCGACAUGUUCCAAGUCAACAUCGACUCGGUCCUCUACGCCACCGGCCGACCCAAGACCCCGGCCCACGCAAAGUACCUCGCCGGCGAAGACUGGGAGUCCCAAAACCUCAAGUCCACCAACGCAGAGGCCUCAGAAGAAGGAGAAUCGUCCGAGACGUCCCCCGCCGCCGAAGCCGAAGCCGAAGCGUCAGAGGACGCCGAGGCCCAGGCCGCCGCCGCCGAGGGCGGCGAGGAGGGAGCAGCCGAGAACCUGGAAGAGCUCACAGAGGAGGAGCGCGUCGCGCUCCGCAAGAAGCAGCUCAAGUCGCUCGUCAAGUCCGCCAAGGACCUCAUCAGCGACGGCGAGGGCCUCAACCCGCGCAAGAAGCGCCAGCUCCGCGCCUUCAUGAGCGAGGCCAAGCGCGCCAUGUCGCAGUCCGGCCGCACCGCCGAGUCGGCCACCAUCAGCCCGGACAACGUCAUGGACCACCUGGCCUCCAUGCUCAAGGACUUCAAGCUCGAGGGCACCCAAGUCGAGGCCGUCGCCUCUCCCCAACAGCAACAGCCCCAAGAAGAACAGCCCCAGAAGGAGAAGAAGCUCAGCGCCAAGGACAAGGCCACCGCCGACACGCUCACCGAGCUCGUCUCCAGCAAGGCGAUGCGCGAGGCCAUCGGCAGCCUGUCCAAGGCCGAGCAGAGCGCCCUGGCGAGCCUUCUCCGCAAGGACGCCGAGAACCCCAUCGACGAGACCAAGCCCUACUGGACGCCCUGGCAACCGCGUCGCUACAUGGGUCCCUUCGCCUUCAUCCCUCGCUACCUCGAGGUCAACCAGAACAUUUGCGCCGCCGUCUACCUCCGUCACCCCGUCGCGCGUCGUGGUAUGGCCGAGGUGCCCACUCCCUUCCCUUACGAGAUCAACCAGCUGGCUUUCAACUGGUAUCUGAGAAGGAGGUAA